CUCUUGUUUGUGAAUUUGCUACUCAUUCAUCGUGUUCAUGGCAUUGUCAGCGGAUAAGGAUCAGAAUUUGAAUUCCGACUCUAUAAAUGCUUGCUGUGACCACUGGAAGAAAAAAUACACGAAGGUGCAAGAGUCGCGGAAAGCUCUGCGCCAAGCUGUCAAGGUUCUUGAGCUCAAGAUUAACGAAAUUCAGUCCCACAACAACAAAGCAGGUGGGGGCAAAACAGAAACAGAUGAAACACUGAAAGAAUGUAAUGCUAGGGAGAAUGACCGCUGUAGCAUCAAGUCUGAGAUUACUACACCUAAAAUUCAGCAGGGAUGUGGCAGCGAUGCUCUGGAUGGAAAUGAGAACGAGAACAAGAACAAGAACGUACUGGGUUUUCAUGCUGAUAGGGAAAAAGAAAUUGGUAGAUUGAAGGAGCUUCUGGAGACAGAGAAGAGAAGGGCUGAUUAUGAGGGGAAGAAAGCUGCUGAAGCUUUCAAGUUACUAGAAGCAGAGAAGAAUAAGACUGCUGAAAAGGAGAUGCAGAUUGCCAGAAUUGAAGCUGGAAAGGCUGAGGAAUAUAGGAUUCAGAUUGGUCGAUUGGAGAAACAAGUUAAUGAAGCAAAAAUGAAGUUGGUGUCUGAGAUGUCUACGUUUGAAGAGGCAACCAAAAGGUUUGAAGCUGAAAAGCGCAAGAUAUUAGCAGAAAAAAGAAAUGCUGAGACCGGGAUGGCAAAAGCGAAAGAAAGGUUAGAGGUUGAAAAAAACAAGGCCACUAUGGAAAAAAGGCGUGCAGAUGCAGAGAUGGUUAAAUUAGAGAAGCAGAAGGCUCUUGCUGAAGAUAACUGGAACAAGUUCAUGGAAGAGAAACACCGUGCUGAUCAGAUGUCUCAACAAUUAGAAGAGGAUAAGAGGACAAUCGAGGAUUUGAAGCAGAACAUGCAUGAACUCUCAUCCCUUAGGAAGCCCAUUGAAGUGGCUGCUGAUAUUAGUUUGAAAGCUGAAAGUACUAAAGUGAAGCUUUUGAAAAACCAACUAAAGCUUGAAAAGCUACGAGCAAAGCAUGCCAGGCAAAAAUAUAAGUCAGAAGCAAGCCGUUACAGCAUUUUACACCAUCAAUUAGGCCGUCUAAAGAUUGAUUUCAUUCAACUUCUACAUCGCCUUGAUAUACUGGAUGCAUCUUUUUCACCUUUUGAUGGAAGUAUACAUGACCAAACAAAGUUUGAGAUUAUACCAUACAUGCAGAAUUCAAAUGUCAUGAGACAAUCCUGCAAUUUAAAUUUGUCUCAGAUGCAUAGCCAAAUUGAAAAUGAGUUUCUGGAACCUGGCUGCAGAACAAUGGAUGCAUGUGAUCAGUUGAGGAAAAACAUGCAGUGUACCCCACUUCUUGCUCUAUCUGGGGGAAAUUACUCUGAAACAAUCACAGGUAUUGAUUCUAAAUUGAACCCUCUUGUUAGAGGAUCCAACAGAACAAAGUUACAGAGUUCUGCAGUAAAUUCCAGUACAGAAUCUUUUUCUGAUGGACAGUUAAUGGGCUCACAGGAAAUAUCCGCAUUCCCAGUUACUACUGCAUCAGCAAAAUUAACUCAGGAGAUCUUUGAUGCAGGACAAAGCUUGUGCUACCCAUCUGACAGAUCUGUUACUGUGCAUCAUAGGAAGAGGGAAAAAAUGCAUAAUACACUUGAAGAUAUUGCAAAUUUGUCUUCUGAGAAUCUCUCUGAUUUGCAUGGUUUGUUGUCUAAAAAAGUUGAUAAAUGCUUAGAAGGAGGAAGAGAGAUGCUUCAUAAUCUGAACAAUUCACAGGAAAAGAAUAAGAGGGCCCACAAAAAGAGAAAGAAAUCUCAUAGGGAAAAAAUGGACAUGAUACCUCAGAUUAACAGGGAUGAGAAAAAAGGAAGAGUAGAGGCUAAAGCUGAGGUCUAUGAUGAUGCAAAUGUCUGUAGACACACUUCCUUCCCUCCCUCAUAUACUUUAGAAACCACUCAAGCAUGUGGGGAGAGGAUGUGUGAUGCUGCAAAUAAUUUUGAUUCAAUGUUUAGUUUUGAUAAAGUGGCUGAUGGAAGUUAUAUGAAGUUGUUAGAAUUAGAAAAUGCUGCCGAUGAGAAAUACUAUAGAAGAGCAAUGGAUUUUCCCUUGUCUCCAUCCCUUCCUGAAAUUGAAUUUCAUGAAAUAGUUGAUGCGGAUAAUUUGAUGAAUCCCUUUCUAGAGGAAGCACUCCAAGAAGACAUGUUGAGUUCAAGAACCGACUUGUUUCCUUCACCUCUCUUUGAUGUAAUUAAUGUUGAAAUCAACUCCAAUGAACAAAAAAUUGAUGUUUGUGGCGAUUCUUGUAAUUCACAGAAAAAGCCUACACUGACUAGAAAAACUGAGAUUGUGAAAUUGCCACAUAUGCACACUCCAGAAAAUUCUAGGACUGCUUUUGUGGUGGAGGAUGGAAUUGGAUCUUUACGCAAUCAAGUUCCUAAAUUGUCUAUUGUCUUUUCAAAUACUGAGGACAAAAGUAUUAUAUCUAGGAUACUUAUUGCUACAAAAAAUUGUAUAGCUAGGUGCAAUUUGGCUACUGAAACAGGCUGGGCGGUUAGUAACAUUCUAACCGCACUUAAAAUGGAAGAAAAGCUCUUAAAGAAGGAGAAGGUUUCAGUUUUGUUAACACUGCUGCUGUUCAACUUUACUGUGACUACAACAAUGAUAUUUGGAAAACUUUGGGAUGGGAAUUUAUUGCACUGCUUGAAUUCUUAUUCUGAACAUAUUUGCACAGUUAUGUCCGAUGCAGAGACAAGAAUCCUGUUUUUAGAAAAUUAUUCUUUCCAUGAACUGCUUGGCCUCAUUGGAGAUUUUCUUAUAGAAGGAAAAGUUAUAGCAAACAAUAUUUUACCUGCUGAGACUUUGUCAGAUUGUGAUUUGAGAACCAAUGAUUUUCUGGAUUAUGUUGAUAAAGUAUCUUCUGGUGUAGCUUCAAGUGAACAAUUGGUGGCAGGAAGUAUUAUAUUAGCAUCAUUAUGUGCUGCAACUGAUCAUGUGGGGUUUAUGCGUGAGGCUUCAUAUGAUAUUCUUAGAUUGUGCAAAUGGGAUUCUUUAAUGGUGUUGACUAUGCUUCAUAUUUUUGCUUAUAUGGGUGGAGAGAAGUUUUUCGACAUGCAUAAUUUUGGUUUAAUGGUGACGGUUUUGAAGUCUCUAGUUAUGUUUCUUGAGGGUGGGAGCCAAUCUGUUGCUACUGCUUGUUUUCCUUCAAUAAAUCAGCUGCAUAAUGAAUUUUGUACAACUACUAAAUGCCCAUUUUCGGAAGGUUCUGAAUCCAUUGAUGUAGUUGCUUGCUUGCUCUUAGAAGAGAUAAAAAACUGUUGGCUUCAAGGGGUAAAACGAGUUGAUUUGUCAGAUUCUAGAUUAAUUUCAGACAAUGAUAAUGCUGGACAUUGGUCCAAUCAGGAAGCGGUUCAAUGUGUCAUUAACAAGAAGUAUGAUGCGCCCUUUUGUUUGAAAAAGUUCUUGAUUUCUGCUGCUCAACCAGAUGCCCUUAAGAACGUCACCUUUUGUUACCUUAGUGAUAUCCUGUCAUUGUUGGAACUGGUAGCAAGCAAAAUGAGCUGGUGCUGGACUGAUAUCAAACUUGUUCCUCGGCUGUUGAAAAUGCUUGACACGUGUAUGGAGGAGAACUUUGCUAUUCCUAUCAUUGUUAUUCUUGGUCAACUUGGGAGGAUUGGAGUAAAUGUUGGUGGAUAUGAAGAUCGAGGAGUUGAGAAAUUGAGAUGUAAUUUGUUUGCUUAUUUAUGCCGCACUUCUUCCAUGAAAGCAGGACUUUCUCUUCAAAUUGCUACUGCCACUUCUCUGUUUGGCCUUCUUCAUAUUGAUCCUGAAACCCUUUUUCAUACUAACAUCAGUCUUCCAGCGUAUUCUAAAUCUGUUUCUGACAAUGCUGAAACUUUGAGGAGAUGGUUCUCUGGGCUGGGUACAGAUCAACAGAAAUUGCUAUCUGCUGUUUUAAAACGCACUGAUGUAUGUAGCAAGUAAAAAAUUUCAGUACUUUGACAUUAGUUAAAACAAGAUUCCUGAGCCAAUGAUUCAUUGACAGCGCUCUUAGAAAAAAUUUGUAGAUCGACCGAUUUCCAGAAAUUAGAUGGCGUUGAUUCAACCAGGUUGAGAGCCUUCAAUUUUGCUUGUUCUGGUGUUGUACUUCUGAAGUUUGUAAAUAAUUUUUUUUCCUUCUUGGGCUUUAAU